GAAUAAAUUGGAGAUCUCUGGCGACGGGAAUGAUGCGUGGGUCUUCGAUAUUGAUGAAACAUUGCUGUCGAACGUUCCGUACUACGAUGCACAUGGGUUUGGUACAGAGAUCUUUAAUGAAAGUUCCUUUAAUGAAUGGGUGAAUUUGGCCGAAGCUCCUGCCAUACCUUCAUGUUUGAGGCUGUACAAAGAUUUACUCAAGCAGGGAUUCAAAAUUUUCUUGUUGACAGGUCGGAGUGAAUAUCAACGGAAAUGUACAGAAAAGAAUCUUCAAUAUGCUGGAUAUAGCGAUUGGGAAAGACUCAUUCUGAGGGGGUCCUCUGAUCAAGGUACUCUAGCCACUGUCUACAAAUCCCAGAAAAGAAAGGGAUUAGAGGAUGAAGGUUACCGAAUCCAUGGAAGCUUUGGAGAUCAAUGGAGUGACUUGAUGGGGUCCGCAUUAGCCAAGCGGUCUUUUAAACUCCCCAAUCCCAUGUACUACAUUGCCUGACUAUAAGUCUUCAAUGUCUCAUAAUUCAUGUCAUCUCUUGGUCUUUUCAUUAGCAAGAGAGCAAAGAUUGUGUAAUCCCCAUUUUUCCUUAAAAUUUGGCACUUGCAUUUUUAUUUGUCUAUCACGAUGAUUUGGGAAUAAUUCCUUUGCCGUACAAGUGGUUUGGACUUUGGACUGUUUUGUUAAACAGAAACUUUUCAGGUUUCUCUUGUUCAUUGAUGUAUAUUUCUCAUAUGGAAAGGUUGUAUUUUAGUCCUUAAACAAUGGCCAUUUUGUUCCGUUGAUUCGUAAUUAUGAUAUAAUUCUUGAGGCAUGCGUGGGGUUGAAG